GCUGAAGCGGCAGAAUGUUGCGUUACAGUCAGCAGAAGGUGAUGUUACUCGGCUGCAAGUCCAACUCAUGGAGGCAACAGCUGACAUGGAGAACAUUAAAGCUGUAGCUACAGUUUCUGAGACCACCAAACAGGAAGCAAUCAAUGACAUAAAGAAGCAAUGGCAGGAAGAAGUUGCUUCAAUGCAGGCUAUAAUGAAAGAGACAGUGAGAGAGUAUGAGAUUCAAUUCCAUCAGCGGUUGGAGCAGGAACGCACUCAAUGGGGGCAGUACAAGGAAGUAAUGGAACGUGAGUUGGCUGACCUAAGGAGGCAAUUGUCUGAAAGACGAGAGGAGGACAGCUUGGAAAAUGACAUGAAGAAAGCUCAGGAAGAUGCUGAGAAGUUGCGGUCAGUGGUACUGCCCAUGGAGAAGGAGAUAGCAGCUCUCAAAGAAAAGUUGUCAACAGCCGAGGAAAAGGUCAAAGAAUUAGAAGCCUCAAAGGUUAAGGAGCUGAAUCAUUAUCUAGAAACUGAGAAAUCCUGCAGGACAGAUCUGGAAAUGUAUGUUGCUGUCCUCAACACUCAGAAAAGUGUGCUGCAGGAAGAUGCUGAGAAACUGCGUAAAGAACUGCAUGAAGUCUGUCAUCUUUUGGAGCAAGAAAGACAGCAGCACAACCAGCUGAAACAUACAUGGCAGCGCGCCAAUGACCAAUUCCUCGAAUCCCAGCGUCUUCUGAUGAGGGAUAUGCAGCGCAUGGAGAACGUUCUCACUUCCGAGCAACUUCGACAGGUUGAAGAGCUGAAAAAGAAGGAGCAAGUGGAAGAUGAACAGCAGAACCUCAAAAAAGCCAAGGAGAAUAAACAGCCAGAGACUGAGGAAGAAAGAUCCAUAAUGAGCUCCCAGUCACAUGUGGAAUCUCCUGCCAAAUCUCUCAGCGUGUUAGAUGUUGAAGAGAUUUGUGGAAAUAGUAUACAUGGUUCCGUGCACUCCUUGGAUUCUGAUUUGUCAGUAUCAAUGGCAGGCUCUGCUACUAAACAAGAGGGGGAGCCGUUCCGAGAGAGCUUAAGAAGGGUGCAGUCCACUGACAGUCUAGGUACUUCGAGCUCCUUGCAAUCAAAGAACUUGGGCUAUGGACACAAGGCAAAAUCAGCAGGAAAUCUGGAUGAAUCAGACUUUGGGCCAUUGGUUGGAGCAGACUCUGUUUCUGAGAACUUUGAUACAGUCUCAGUUGGCUCUUUCCAGAUGUCUGGUUCCUUCAUACUGACAAAAGAUCAAGAAAAAGCAAUCAAAGCACUCACACCUGAGCAAGAAGAAACUGCUUCUCUUUUGUCGAGUCUUACGCAGGUAGUGGAUACUGCUCCUAGUGGGUACAGAAUGGUCAGUGAAAAAGAAUGGAAUUUGCUGCAACAGGAGGUACAGAAUGCUGGAAACAAGUUGGGCCGCCGCUGUGAUAUGUGUUCAAAUUAUGAGAAACAGCUCCAAGGAAUCCAAGUACAGGAGGCUGAGACCCGGGACCAGGUGAAGAAGCUACAGGUGAUGCUACGACAGGCAAAUGAACAGCUUGAGAGAACAAUGAAGGAGAAACAGGAGCUGGAAGAUUAUGCCAAACAGAGCUCCGAUGACACUAGUAGCCAGGUCACUCGGCUGGUCCAGCGCGCACAAGAUGCUGACGCCUUACUUACCAGCAUUCAGCAGUUGUUUUCCCAAGCCAAGCGAAGCACCCAGGAACAAAUGGCGGUGCUGAUACGCUCACGGGAACAAGUAUCUGAGGAACUGAUGAGACUGCAGAAGGAAAAUGAGAGUCUUCAGGGGAAGCAUAGCCUACACUCGUCUGUUCUUCAGGGAGAGAACUUCAUUCCACCAGACACUGUGGAGGAACUGCAUGAACUAGUGCAGAAAUAUCGUGAAAAUAUUGUCAGCGUGCGGACAGCAGCUGAUCAUCUGGAGGAGAAACUAAAGGCAGAAAUCUUUUUCCUGAAGGAGCAGAUACAGGCAGAACAGUGUCUGAAGGAGAACAUUGAAGAAACGCUACAGCUGGAAAUAGAUAAUUGCAAAGAGGAGAUUGACAUCUUGGAAGCAUCUUACUCCAGUUUAAAGACUGAAUUGGAGAGAGUGAAAGCAGAUAAAGAUCAGCUUGAAACCAGAAUGCAAGAGAAGAUCCAGUACCUGGACAACCUUGAAGAGGUGAAUAACAGCUUGCAAGAGCAACUGAAGAAGGAGGGUGAUGCAAAGACCAGCUUAGAACAAUUGCUGUAUGAAGAGAAGAAUAAAGGUCAGAGGUUACAGACUGAGCUUGACGUCAGUGAACAAGUACAAAGAGAUUUUGUCAAACUAUCCCAGACAUUACAGGUGCAGUUGGAGCGGAUUCGCCAGGCGGACUCACUGGAUAAUGUCCGUGUGAUCCUGAACGACACAAAACUGACAGAUAUUAAUCAACUCCCAGAGACAUGACAUUAAACCCUGGAGAUUGAGGCUACAAUAGUUUUUACUCAACCAGACACUUGUCUUUGUAGAAACAUGUUAAUUCUUAUUUAACUCAGAAGGAUCAGAACCUAUGGAUUAAUAGAACGUAGUAAUUGAGGUGUAAAUGUUUCUAGAUUGACUUUGUACAGGGCGCCUGACUGCAGUUAGAUUCCCAAUUCAUGACAUUGCAACAGAGGAACACUAAAGUUUUAAAUUUAACUCAUAUGAUGAGAAAGGAUCACUGAGUGUAUGCCGUGCGUAAACUUUGAAAAUCACUGAUUCAAGAAUUCCCAGUCUUGCUGGAGUAAACAUGUCUAAUCUAUUGCUCUUCUAUUUAUACCAUUUAGUUCUUUCUUGUGUGUUUCAUGUACAUUCACUAAAGCAGCAUUAGACAGUCAUAAACCUUCAGCUCAUGCUUUUACUUGUGAAGGUUCAAUGUUUAGUACUGAGAAAAGUGUGAACAUUUGGUUUAGCCAGUUUUGUUUUACGAAUGGUACUAACUCUAGAAUCUGCUCACCUUCUCGCAUACUGCCAGCUCCUUCCACUAGCAGACAAUGUUUCAUUUGAAUUUGUAUUUAUUGUACUUGUUGUCCUUGCCAGUUUUAAAAAGAUUUGGGGAGAAAAGUACCUAGUUAACUAAUUUUCAAUGACUAAAAAUUGCUGACUUGCUUUGUACGGACAGAAGCAAUUGAACCAGAUUUUUAAUGAUUUAAAAACAAUAAUUUUGGUUGACUAAGUUUGUUGACUUUAAUUCUUAAGAUUUAAUACAUUUGCAAACAAAUACACUCAAUUAAUAUUGGAACUAAAUAUUACCAGUUGAAUUCUUAUUCAGCAUACACGAUUGUUGUUCAGCUGGUUUUUCCGAGGGUAUCAUUUUAGGAUGGAGUAUAAAAUGAUGUGAUCUCGCUUGAUUUAGCCCUUCCUUUACUAUCUUUGAAGGGUGAACCUGGAGGCUUGGAGUAAUCAGAUCAGAAGACUUGGACUGCCCUGCAGAUUUUAUAUUCUCAUUGGCUUCCUGAUGUAUAUGUAAGAAGAUGACAAUUUAGGUUUUCAACACUGUCAUCUGACCACAUUUAAAGAGAGUUCAGGUGAUUAAAGUUUGCACUUUGACUGAUGACUGGCCUUGGAUUCUGUACACACUGAUUUCCAUGCCCUAAACUACAAUUUGAACAGGCCACAAUGAGGAAAGUGACUGCAGUACUGGGAGAGUGGAUGACUUCGCAUCUCGACCUGUGAACAGCUGUUUAUGCAUUGCAUUGAAUUUGCAGUCUGGGCUAAGGUAUUCCAGAAUUGUAUUGUUAAAAGAUCCAUGGCACAGGAUGGCAUUUUAAAAUGCAUAUUGGUAACAUUUAGAAAUGACUAAGUAUUUCAUUGUGUUCACAGCAGAGCACAUUGGCAGCAGGGAUUGCAGAAAAAAGUGAGGAUGUCCAUAAUAUUUUUUGAAUCAUGAUGUGCUGAUCUGGGAGAGGUGAAAGGAACUGGAGACAAUGUGAAAAGUGGUUUGCAAUUUCAAACCCAUUUUGAACAGGAAGGUUAAAUAAAAGCCAAAAGAACCAAAAAUGCUGUAAAUCAGAAACAAAAACAAAAGUUACUGGAAAAGCUCAGCAGGUCUGGCAGCAUCUGUGAAGAGAAAUCAGAGUUAAUGUUUCGGGUCCGUUGACCUGAGGAAGCGUUGCUGGUCCCGAAACAUUAACUCUGAUUUCUCUUCACAGAUGCUGCCAGACCUGCUGAGCUUUUCCAGUAACUUUUGUUUUUGAGCAGGAAGACAUUUAGUUCUCCCCAGAAAACAUUUGUUGACGAUGGCUGUGCAUUCAAGGGGGGAAAAAAGUGCAUUGUUUUAAACUUGUAUAUGUGAACUUUUCCUUUAAGCCUUUAAAAAUUAAAUUCAACAUAACUUCCUUGGUGCUUGCUUUAAAUAGAAAUAUGGUACAGUAUUAAGAGCAUGGCACUUCAAUCCUUUCCAUUACAGCUCUGAUUUAAACAUGGUGUAUGUGUGAUCUGACUGGUUAGUGAAACCAGUGGAUGCUCUCCACAGAUUUUUUUUUUUGUGUGUGUGUAUAUUACAUAAAUUGACUUUAAAGCUUUGAUCAGCCAUAGCUGGUUUAGCAAUAUCUCAUUCUUGGCAACUAUAAGUACAGUACAAGAGGUAAAGGGUAAUAUGCGUCAUGUGUUCCCUUGUCUAUUAUUGGAACAUUCAUGUGCAGUUUCCCUGGAUAAUAGCACGUCUGUAUUUACUUAGUCCAGUGGUGAAACCACAUUUUAACUGCCAAUGUCUCCCAGUAAGAAGUUCCAAGGGCACUUUGUUAAAAAAAGUCAUAUCUUAGCAACACAAGCUAUUAGUGUCCUGUGCAAGUGUGGAUGUACAGUUCUGUUUACAGAUUUAAAAUGUAACCAAUUUAACUAUACUGAAGGUGUCCUUAUGAAGAAAGUGUUUAAAAUAAAAGCUGCUGGAGUAAAA